AUGUUACGAUUAGCGGUAUGUGUCGGACUCUGUCUUCAUGUGGUCUUAAGUGACCCAGCAACUACCGCGGCCAGUGUACCAGGGGUCCCAACUGUGCCAACUUCACCUGCAUUUGUGAACCCCAAUUUAGCUGGUUACCCAGCGUAUUCUGGAUACAAUGGAUACAGGAGUCCUUAUAAUGCUGCUAGUCCAAAUGUACCUAUAAUUAGUUAUUCCAACAACCGUGGUCCAGAUGGAAGUUACGCAUACAGUUUCGCUACGGCAGACGGAAAGCAAGCCCAAGAAAGUGGAUUUUUGAAAGACGCCUAUAUUGACAACACUGGAUCACCACAAGGAACACAGGUUGUUGAAGGCAGUUAUGCUUAUACUUCCCCAGAGGGAACUCCCAUUCAAGUCAGUUAUGUUGCGGAUGAAAAUGGUUUUAGACCAGCCGGUGUACACAUUCCCGCUGAUGGCAAAGGCGUAGCUCCAGCGUUGCUAGGCAACGGCGUCGCUCCUGGGUUGCUAGGCAACGGAUACAACAAUAUUUACGACCCUAGACACAAUCGCUUCAAUAACUACGACCCACGUUACAAUGGUUUUAACAAAUAUCAAAACCCAUACAACUACAAUCAAUACAAUCCCGCAAGGCCGUUUGAUGCCCGAUACAACCCUUACAAUCCGUACCGCAAUGUUAAAAAUAUCAAGAAAACAUUGCUUGCAUUACUGGUGCUUGGCGUGGUAGCAGCUGAUGUGAGAGAUGUUUAUUAUCAACAGCAAGUGUACACAACGGAACCUAUUCCCAUAUUACGGCAAGAACAGAUAAUAAAUCCCGAUGGCUCUUAUAGAUGGAAUUAUGAAACAGCUAAUGGUAUUGCAGCUGAAGAAGAGGGAGUGAUAAAAAAUGCUGGUAUACCUGAACAAGAGUCUCUGUCUGCGCAGGGGCAGUAUCAAUACACAGCGCCUGAUGGUCAAAUAAUUCAAUUACAAUACGUAGCCGAUGAGAAUGGAUUUCAACCACGCGGUGCCCAUUUACCGACCCCACCACCAAUCCCAGAGGAAAUUCAAAGAGCAUUAGACCAUCUAGCGACACUCCCCACUCCGGGUCCAGAACUUAAUAGAAUAAGAAUUUAA